AUGCGGAGGAAGACCUGCGGCCAAGACUCGGUCGCUUGUCACUUGUCACAGGCAGGCACAGCAGCGGGGGAGGCGAGGAUGGACACGGUCGUGGAGAAGUUGGUGGCCGGAGGAGCCUCGCCAGGGUCCGCCGAGCUGCGAGGCAGAACUUCUCUGUCUGAUACAGUGGCCACAUGUGACCAGGAGCUGUUGCCUGUUGUGCAGAAAGCAUUGUCUGCACUUCAGGAAGCUCUCUUAGAAGAAGGAUCUUUCCCUGGAGGAAAUUCAGAAGAAAUUAGAAGCUGCAGAAGAAAGACGAAGUCCCAUGAAGCUGAGGUCUUGAAGCAGCUUGCUGAGAAAUGGGAUCACGAGAAAGAAGUGCUUCAGAAAGCGAUAGAGGAGAACAACAGCUUCAGUAAAAUGGCGGAAGAGAAGCUGACCCACAAGAUGGAAGCCAACAAAGAGAACCGGGAGGCACAAAUGGCUGCCAAACUGGAGCGUUUGCGAGAGAAGGACAAGCACAUUGAAGAAGUGCGGGAGAACAAAGGCUCCAAAGAUCCUGCUGAUGAGACUGAAGCCGACUAA